AUGUCUGAUACCGAAAAACACGUGAGCAAGCGCGGAUGUUUAAAAUCCACUCGCUCCAGAGUUCUCUUGGCAAUUGUCGCUCUCGUCGUGAUUAUUGUCGCCGUGGUCCCCUCAGUCGUCGUCACGACUCUGCACAAGAAGAACAACAUGGGUCCUAAGGCUAAAGUCUUUGUUCCGCUCUACGUAUACCCUGCUCCUGGGGCGUGGACGCCGCUGGAAAAUGUCAUCUCUGCUCACCCUGAUGUCAACUUUACCGUCGUAAUCAAUCCAGGAAAUGGUCCAGGGCCUGACUCGCUCCCGGAUGCGAAUUAUACCCGUGAAAUUCCCAAUCUCUCCUCUUACGAAAAUGUUCGUCUUUUGGGUUACGUUUACACCUCGUACGCAAAGCGCAAUGUUUCGGCCAUUCGCAAGGAUAUCCAGACCUAUGCCGACUGGCCUACCAAUUCCUCUAACCCCAACCUGGCGGUUCAGGGAAUCUUCUUCGAUGAAACGCCCCAACAAUACGAUGCUCAAACUUUGACCUAUUUGCAGGGUCUGACUGACUUUGUCAAAGACCUGGAGAGCCUUGGUCCUGAUCAAUUCGUCGUCCACAACCCGGGAGCCGUCCCUGACUCCCGGUACUUGGCAACAGCUGACUCCACCGUCGUCUUCGAGGCGGCCUAUACCACUUUCCAGGAACGGCAAGGCGCGAAGCUAUUCACAAGCAUCGAUAACAGCAAUCGCUCUCAGCUUUGCGCCAUCGUGCACUCUGUCCCCGAUGCUAUCGAGGGCAAGUCGCUUCGAGGUCUUGUUAAGGAAGUGCGCAAGGUAGCUGAUGAGGUGUAUAUCACUCACUUGUCUACCGACUACUAUGCAUCCUUUGGACAGAAGAUGAAUGAGUUUGUCGAUUUGAUGGCAGCUUAA